AUGGCGACUGGACCUUCGUCUCUUUCGAAUCUGCUUCACCCCAACCAGCCUGCUGCCAAUUCGGGCCAAUUACCCCUUGCCGAUAGCCAACUGUUUGUCCAGGCGCCAACAGGCGGUAGCAAUGCUCAUACAGCGAAUGAGGCGUAUGCUUCUGUUGGCAUCGCAGAAAAGUCAACUGCCCAUGCCAUCGUGGCGCCUGCUCCUGCCCCCACCCAUGCUGCGACACCAAGCUUGUAUCAGUGUGCUCAUUGCCAGAAACGCUAUUCCCGGCCCGAACAUCUGGCUCGGCACAUCCAGACACACACUCUUGGCAAGCGCUUUGCGUGUCAAGUUUGCGGCAAGGCUUUUGCCCGCCAGGACCUGUUGAAGCGCCACAUCACGAACCACGAGAACGACGAUGAUCCGGCUAAGAAGCGACGCCGGACGACGGCCUCACCAGCCGCCGCCAGGGUCUCGCAUGCUUGCCGUGGCUGUGCGGCUGCUCGCGUGAAAUGCGAAGAGACUAAGCCUUGUACUCGAUGCCGCACGAGGAACCAGGUGUGCGAGUAUUCCGCAGCCGAGGCCGGCUCUGCUGCCGCCAUGCAUCUCUUGCACCUGUCAGCCGGUCCUCGCUCAGAAACGACCUCUCCUGCGUCAUCGGCGUCCCAGAGCGCGAGCGAUGCUGCACGGUCAUCCAGUCACUUGUCUGUCCCCCAGAUCUCAACGUAUCCGGCUACCGGACCAGAUGACGGCUCGGUUAUGCCGGCGCUGUCUGUGCUGGAUCCAGGGCCAACCCUGCCUCAUUCCCCCAGAAGCAUUCCGCCGCAGAGUAGGUUACAUGACAAACAACAUCGUGGGACUGUUGUUAACGCAGAAGAAGCAAACACGGGCAUAUUGCCGCAACAAACUCAUGUCUGGACUGGUAACCAAGCCGUCGAUGUUGCCGGGCAGGCCUUUUCUGGGUUCCUUCAAAAUGUAAUCUACGAACCAGGAUAUGACGGGGCUCGAGUUACUGAAGGUCACGGUCAGGGUCAAGUUCAGGGCCUAUCCGUCCUAGACCUGAGCGCCCACAACAAUCUUGAUCUCACUGAUGUUGACUUCAGCUUACUGGAUUACUGGAACGUUGACUUGCUGGGGGGCGGGUUUCAGCAAUCGCAGACCUUUACGCCGAGCCCCGAAGAUUCGAUAGAUCUUGUACAGAUGCGCAAGAAUCUCGUUCAAGCAUGGACGGAAUCGCCAUGGCGAUGGAGCCUGUCGCGUAUCAAUGCUGGCUACGGAGAGCAGUCUAACCUGCCCGUGCCUUCCCCCGACGUGACAGGGGCCCUGCGCGAGAGUCGCAAGAAGCUGGGCGAGACGGUGGUGACCGACCGUCUGGACGGAGCCGCGCGAGAUGGGGUGCUGGCUAUUGUUCUGAAGACGUGCAAGACCAGCGAGAUGAUGGCACGCGUGGCGUCCUCGUUCCCUUCGGCCGAAGUCAUGGACAGCUUGAUCCAUAUUUUCCUUGCUUCGCACUUUUGCCAAACCUCGCAGUGGAUCCAUCAGGCAACUUUCGAGAUGAAGGCAAUGCCUGCAGACUGGCAUGCCAUGGCAGCAGCAUCUGGCGCAGUGCUGACAUCUGUGCCAACCCUUCGAAGAUGGGGGUUCGCGGUGCAGGAGGCUGUACGUGUCACGAUUCCGGAAAGGUUUGAGUCAGUCAACACUACGAUCAAGGACGUUGGCUUGGUUCAAUCUCUGUCCCUCGUGCAGGAUGUUGCCUUGUGGUCAGGGAACCGAAGAAAGAUGGAAAUCGCCGAGUGCCAUAUCGGUAUUCCUGCUAAUAUGAUGCGAUAUCGCAACAAAUAUCAACGUACGAUGUAUCCCCUCAUUGAAAUUGACGAAUCCGACGGCGGCGAGGUGCUCGAACAGAAGUGGCGGUCAUGGUGCGAACGCGAGUCAUGGAAGAGGCUUGCUUUUCACUGCUUCAUCCGGGAUGCGAGGACCUCCAUGGCCACGCUCGGCAGCCCAGGCAUGUCAUAUGCUGAGAUGACAUUGCCGCUGCCUGAAGCGAAAGAGCUCUGGUUUGCCAAGACGGCGUUGGACUGGAAACAUCACCACCACGAGCUGGCCGCUGGCUACACAAAGCGGGCGCCAUCAGUCGGCGAUCUGUUACGAGACCCUGGCCUUCUCACGUCCAACCGUCGUCGCUUGGACGUGCAAGCGGCGGUUUCCAUUUUUCUCAACGGCUACUGGUCUCUGAUUAAUGAAUUCCAAAGGCUCUCCUCGGUGCAGCGAUACCGGCCGUGGCUGACGAGGACGGGAGGCACGAGCGAGCAAUUAUUGCGAACUCGACACGAGGAAUUAUGCAGAGGACUGGAUCAGUUCCAGGCGAUUGUGUCAGACUGGCAUGAGCUCUCAUGCCAGGAACACCUCAUGCUGCACCUGUUGCUUAUGAACCUACACCUGUCCCUGGACGAUUUGCAGCUCUUUUCCGGCAAGGAGGGCGAGGAACAGGCGCGACGGGUGCUGGCGAACCUCCGGGAAUGGGCGGACAGCGUCCACGGCAGACAGGCCGUCUGGCAAGCAGGACAGGUGCUACGACAGGCCAAGCUGUUCCCACUGGGGCACCUCAAGGACUUUUACGCUGUGGCGAUCCAUCACGCAGCCCUGGCGCUCUGGACGUAUGGCGUCGUCACCAAGACAGCAGGCAGGCCAGGGGCCUCGUCAUCUCAGUUGGGACAGGAGACGGUUUACCUGGAUGGAACGAUAUCAGGCGUCGUGACAGAGUUCGUUCACUUUGGACACGGCAAACCGGCGAUCCAGGAACCCAUUCGAUCGUCCGGGACGCGCGAGGCGGCGGUAGAGGACCCCAAAGGCUGCAUGGAAGUCGUGCAGGAGACUCUGCGGUCCAACUUCAGGGGCAGCCCUGAGAUGCGGCCGCCCAUCAUCGAGAACAUGUGUCUGGUAAUGAAGCAGCUGGGCGAUGCUGCAUGGGCGGUUGGCUUGGGUUGA